AUAGUUGAUCUGUCAGUUAACAAUUUGCAUAUUUUGUCAUCAAGGUUUUCCUCACUUGCUCCUAUGAGUGAAAUCCCGAUAUGAGCUACUCUUAUCAGUUCUUCCUGCUUUUGCAUUCUAUUUUCCCUCACAUGUUCUUUUCGGCAUAAGAAUUCUCUACAUUAUCUUCUCAUUCAUAAAAUAAUGUACGAUAAACGAUCUUUCUACUCACAAACUGCGCUCACAUGUCAUUCGCUCAGUCUUAAGUUGAUUUUGCGGUAGACCAGUUGAGCCGUUACAGUGCCUCAUUGCUAAAUGCUUCCUCACUACUUAUCAAAAGUAUUAAUCAUAGCGGUGACGCUUUGGUUGAUGUUGGAAUUUUCCUUCGUCAAAGGACAAGCUCAAUAUCGUUUAACCCAAUUACGUCCGGGAAGACCACUGAAGCCGCUGGUGUUAAAGUCUGGUCCCGAGUGUCCGUUUCCAUACUUUCCGAAUGGGGUAGCCAAGCCACGACAGCGCAAUAAGAUGAUUCGAUUUACCUGUUCUAGUGGGUUUACAUUGGUCGGUAACAUGUACUCAAUGUGUGAGAAGGGCCGUUGGGAUACGCCGAUUCCGAUAUGCAUCCGAUCCGGCUGUCAGGAGUUGGCCUCUAUAGAAUACGGUCAGAUCUCGUACGAACAUGGACAGGCUGCGGGAAUGCUAUUCUGUGGAAGCGGCUAUCAGGUCGCAGGAUCAGCGAAAACCUACUGCAAUGGAACGCAUUGGGAUCGCCCGCUUGGAAGCUGUCGAGAAACAGGGAUUGCCGUUCAAACUAGUUGUGACUUUGAAGUACUAGAUUAUUGCGGUUGGAUGAAUGAAGCUACACAUGACUUUGAUUGGAAACGAAGUGAGGGAAUUGUGUCACCGAAAGCAUUGAAAACAGGACCAAAAUAUGAUCAUACUACAAUGACGCCACUAGCCGGACACUUCAUGAUGGCGGAUUCUGCGGAACAGUUCACAAACGAAACAGCUCGAAUGCUCUCACCAAUUUAUUCCUCCAACUACAGCGUGAAUGCCUGUUUCCAAUUCUUCUAUCACAUGUUCGGCGAUUCAGUUGGCACACUCUCUGUGUACGUUAAACCGAUAUCGCAACCCUUAGACAGUAUGACCCAUGAUGAUGCUUACUAUACAAUUAGUGGGAAUCAACGGAAUGUUUGGAAUGAAGGUUAUUUUGAUCUGCGUCAGCAAUCCGAAAAUUUUCAAAUCAUUAUCGAAGCAUCUUUAGGAAUGAAAUUUAAAAGUGACAUUGCAAUCGAUGACGUUAGCCUAAUGAAUGGUAUUGACUGUCAUUCAAAACUUGAAGGUGAUGUUGUUGUUCAAGUAUCACCUGUUGCACCAGAAGAAGUCCCAGAUGAUGGAGGUAUUCUGAAAAUAGACACAUGCGAAGAUCGUUGCGGUAAAACAAACGUUAGUUUGCUAGGAAACAGUACCCAGAACACCGUACAUUGUGAUUGCUUCGAAGGUUGUGUGGAAACUAGAACGUGCUGUCCUGAUUACGCUGAACGAUGUGUGUUCAAUGAUACUUUAGUCACUACGUCUUCUACAACAGUUUCAUCUACAACUAAGCUUACUACUACUACUACAAUUCUACCUUCAACAUCAACAAUUCGCAUUACAAAACCGACUACAUCUCUAACAACACUCACAUCAACUACUGUCUCUAGCACCACCAGCUCAACCCCAAAGUCUUCGCAGGAGAGUUCAAGUACAUCUACUACAGUUAGAACUACAACGACUAAGAAACCGACUAACCAAAAUACUAUCAAAACAUACAAUCUAAGGCCACGGAAUACGACGAAGGAACCUGUAGUCAUACCGAUGGUCCGAACACGUAUGCCCACUACUGCUUCAACGGCAAACAUGCCAACUACAACGGAAACGGUUACUUUGAAAAUAAUAGCUUCUCUCGACUCUAAUGUCGAUGAAAUGGCUCCUUCGAUGGUGGAUUCGGGAGAUGUCAAACCAAAUUUAGGACGCGUUUUCUUAUUGAGCAGUGUCGGUGUAAUUUCAUUCGGGUUCGUCGUACUGUUGAUUACACUGCAUAUCCGGCGUAACUCGGGUGCGAGUGUGCUUAACCGUUUGAAGCAAAAAUCGAUGAAGAAUCAUUUCGGCAGCACAGAAGGUUUCGAGGAUGUGCGGUUUUUAGCAGCAGAUGAGCAUUUAGAUUUUACUAUACCAGAAGACGCAGACGAAUCAGUAGCCGAAAACAACGCUAGCAAUGAUGAAGAGCGCGAAGUUACUAAAAAUAGUACAAAGAAAUCAAGUAAGAAAGGAAAACACUAACCUGUAGCAUAAAAUGUAAUUCUAAAGUUAUCUUGAUGAAUAAAAUUGAAAACACGUA